UCUGCUAUUGUUUUGGUCAUAAGUCUCUUUAUAAGCUGUGCUGCAUCCCUGGCAGUAACCAUGGAGAUGAAAUCCAUAUAUGGCUCUCAUACCAUCUGCUAUGACCCAGAGCACGUGUUUGGCAGAGCCCUUUGGAAGCAGUAUGGUGCCAUUCAUAUCCCUACAGAUCACUGCAUUCAGGAAGACAAACAGGAACAGAAGUGUAACCAUUCAGAAGUGUAUAACAGCAAGGGAUUAGAAAUCUUUACACAUAAACACAAAUCAUGUGGUGCAUUUACUAUGGUCAUCAGGUUUGUUCAAAGCCCAGUUUCAAAUGCCACCAAUUAUACAGACGAGACAAGCAUGAUUAAACGAGUUUGAGCUUUGAAGCGUUUAUUUGUCUUCAGGUGUGUCUAUAAAUGUGUUUUUUUUUCUCUCUCUCUCUCUAUCUCUCCCUGUUAGUCGUCGGUUGUCUGGACUUUUGGAUGAGAGCUAACUGAUCCACCCGAUAAGUCGUUCAUUUAAAUUCCGAAAUAAAAUAUAAAAGAAUGGGUGGAGUUAAAUUCGAAUGGACAGGAAUGUCCAAUCAGGGGCCGAUAUGUUCCUACGUCACAUGUCAAACGCGCCAAUGGCGACGCUGCAUUCGGUCAACAACGAUGUUGAACUCUUUUUGAAUUUUUCACUCUAGUAACUGAAGAAAAACACAAGAGCAGAACCUUGAGCGUAAUAGCGGAGUAACCGUGAGGGGCUCUUUCUUUAUUUCUGAGCAUGCCAGUGUGUCUUUGAGGAGCAACACAGCGUCUUCAGUAAGUAUGAGCUGGGCUGUAGAAGAGUGGAAGGAUGGCCUUCCUGCAAAGGCCUUACAAAAGAUCCAAGAGAUUGAAGGGCAGCUUGACAAGUUAAAGAAGGAAAGGCAACAGAAACAGUUUCAGAUGGAUUCCCUUGAAGCUACUUUACAGAAACAGAGGCAAAAGAUGGACAGUGAGAAAAGUGAAGCGUCUGCCCUUAAGAGGGAGAACCAGUCUUUGGUAGAGUCUUGUGAAAAUCUGGAAAAGACUAAACAGAAACUUACACAUGAUAUCCAAACGAAGGAGCAACAGGUGAAUUAUCUGGAGGGGCAACUGAACUUGUGCAAGAAGCAGAUUGAUAGACUAGAACAAGAGGUCAAAAAGUAUAAGCAUGAAUUGGAACGAUCCCAAACUUCACAUUCUUCAGAAAUCCAGCAGUUUAAUACACCACAGAAAACUUUUGCAACCCCUGCAACACCUAAUCAUUGGCAACAAGACUCAAAAAUAAGUGAACUACAGGAAAAGUACAAUCGAGAGGUUGAGGAGCGGAAGCGGUUGGAAGCUGAAAUCAAAGUCAUGCAUGUAAAACUUCUGAACCAGUCUGCGGUGAGCCAUAAAGACAUUGCAAGACAGCAGACAGGGUCCUCGAUUUUCCCUUGGCAGCAAGACCAAACACACAGUCAUCAGUCUCAGACUGUGAUGGAGACACCAUCUAGGAGAAGAAACGGACCCUCUGGGAUGUCGUGGUCUUUUGAUGACACACCAAUAAAGCCCCACCAGCAGUUCACAUCAGGCACUCAAAGUGACACAGCUGGAUCACAGCAGAUGGAACAGCUUAAGACUAUAAAUCAAGAUCUGAGGUCAAGGGUUUCUGAGUUAGAGCUCCGUCUUCAGGCUCAAGAGAAAGAUAUGAAGAAUCAGAUUAAUAAAUUCAGUGAAAUUCAAAGUCAACUCGAAAUGGCCAGGAAAGAUCUGGCAGAGAAGGACAAACUCCUGAGCAAGUCCAGAGAUGAACUCACAAAGGUUACAGGCCAGUAUGAGCAGUCGGUUUCUAAGUGUUCAUCAGUUGAGAUAAAGCUGAAGCAGGUAACAGAGGAGAUGAACUGUCAGAGACAUAAUGCUGAAAGCGUGCAUAGAUCUCUGGAGCAGAAAAUCAAAGACCAGGAGAGAGAGAGUCAAAAGGAACUUGCACAACUUCAAAGCUCCCAUCAAGCUCUUGAUCAGCAAUUUAACCAGGUGAAAAAUAAAAUGAGUAUGGAGAUCCAGCAAGCCAAAAAAGACUACAAUGUUUUGCAGUCAGAUAUGGAUAAGGUAACUGCUCUAAAGAAUCGGCUGGAGAAAGAUUUGGAAGAGAUAAAACAGAAACUUCUCAGGUCUGAGCAGGCAUUACAGGCGAGUCAAGUGAAGGAGGCAGAGUUGAAGAAGAAAUUUGAUGAGAUGCAGAGAGAGAAGAACACUCUCAGUUGUCAGUUAGAACAAGGAAUGAAGAGGGUCAAACAACUUGAAGAGGAAAAACAAAAUAUUGAGCAAAACCUUGCCAAAAGCCGCACAAUGGUGGAUGAUUUAAAAAUUAAGACACAAACCCAGAGUGAUGAACUAACUGAGCUUCACAAAAAAAUGGACCGCCAAAGUGCAUCAUCAUCUCAAGAAUUAGAAAGUGUCAAGAAAACUCUGGCUGAAACAGAAGCAAAGAAUAUGAAGACUCAGGCUGAGUUGCAAAAACAAGUUCAUGAAGUUGAACUCAAAGCUAGUAAGAUUUGUGCUGUGGAGAAAGAAAAUGAAGACCUUAAAAUGACCUCAAACUCCUGUCAAAAAGAAAUUUCUGAGCUGAAGAAAGAGUAUGAGGUUCUUAUGGAAUGGAAAAAUGAAAAGGAACAGUUGAUUAACAACGCUGAAUCCAACCAUCAGGAAAUGCAGAAUAAAAUUGCAAAUCUGGAGAAAGACAAGGCCGAACUCAGUGAUGCUCAUGAUGGCUUUCAGAAAAGGAUGCAAGAUUUAGAAAAUGAGAAGAUUUGCCUAUCUGGUCAGAUUGAUUCACUCAAAGGUGAACUGCUUAUAAAAUGUGUGGAGCUGGAGGAAAAGGGUAGAGUGUAUGAGGAGCUUCAACAACAACUUAGUGAGACACAUCAAAAACAUAAUAAGGAGAUGGACAAUUUGAAGCAACAAAUCACUCUAAUGCAGGAGCAGGUGAGCGAGCUUGAAACUAAACUGCAUCAAGAAACAAGUAAGGUUGAAGGAAUGGAGCAGGCCCAUGGUCAACUCCUUGCAGAAUAUGAAAGUGCUUGUGACCUGGUUAAAUCAAAGGACUCCAUUAUUGAACUGAACAGAACUGAGAUUGAGCAUCUUCAGGAAUCCUUUGCCUUGCGAGAGCAGGAGCUAGAGAAAAUCAAAGAGGAAAAAGACAUGUUGGCUAAAGAAUGUGAAGACCGCCUUGCACAAAACAAAGAGUUGGAACAAGAAAAACUGAAUGUGGAAACAUCCCUGCAGGAGGUUCUUGAGAAUAUUGCCCUCUUGGAAUCAGACCUAAAGUCUCAAAAAGAUUUAAAUGCAGAUAUUCAAGAAAAGCUUGAUGAUCUUUCUAAAGUCAAAGAAGAUCUAGUAGAGAAAGUGUCUUUGGUAGAAAAGAGGGAAAAAGAUCUUAUUCAUGAAGUUGAAUCUCUGCUAGAAAAGAAUAAGUCCUUCUGUUCUCUUGAAGAGCAGUUUAAUUGUCUUGUUUCUGAGGCAGAAGAAACCAGAAGUUCCUUAGAAAAAAUAAAGGAGCUACAAGUUCAGACCGCCACUGAGUUGGAAAAUCAGAAGACAAUAGCUGAGAAUCUUGGAAAAGAUAUAGAAGAAGAAAGAAGGAAAGCAUCAAGCUUAGAGCAGGAUAAUGCACAACUUGAAGUAAAACAACAAGAGAUCGAAAAUAAAGCAAACGAUCUAUCUGAGAAGUAUGAAAGCCUUCAAAAACUCCAUGAUGUUGUUUGCCAAGAGAAAGAAAAUCACAUUAAACAGGUUUCCAUAAUGACAGAAGCACUUGCUGAAAAAGAUGUCAUGGCAGAAAAGAUUGCUUUAAUACAAAGUGAGCUUGAGGCCUCAAAUCAUUUGUCUGCCACACUAAAGAAUUCCCUAGAAAGUCUUCAGAAAAGGUUUGACACUUCUGUAGAGCUGAAUUUAAGUCUGGAAAAAAAAUUACUAGACAGAUCUGAAGAAAAAACUUUAUUAGAGACAAGUAUCAAGGAGCUCACUGAGAGACAUAACAAGGAAUCUGCCUGUUUAUGCCUCUGA